AUGAAAAAUAAAACCGUUUUAACUGAGUUCAUCCUUCUGGGUCUAACAGAUAUCCCUGAACUCCAGGUGGCAGUUUUCACCUUUCUUUUCCUUACGUAUUUGCUCAGCAUCCUUGGAAAUCUGAUUAUCCUCAUCCUCACCUUACUGGACUCCCACCUUCAGACUCCCAUGUAUUUCCUUCUCCGGAACUUCUCCUUCUUGGAAAUUUCCUUCACAAACAUCUUCAUUCCCAGGGUCCUGAUUAGCAUCACAACAGGGGACAAGAGUAUCAGCUUUGCUGGCUGCUUCACUCAGUAUUUCUUUGCCAUAUUCCUUGGGGCCACAGAGUUUUACCUUCUGGCUGCCAUGUCCUAUGACCGCUAUGUGGCCAUCUGCAAACCUCUGCAUUACACCACCAUCAUGAGCAGCAGAGUCUGCACCCAGCUGAUUUUCUGCUCUUGGCUGGGUGGGCUAAUGGCUAUUAUACCACCAAUCACCCUGAUGAGUCAGCAGGACUUUUGUGCAUCCAACAGGCUGAAUCAUUAUUUCUGUGACUACGAGCCUCUUCUGGAACUCUCAUGUUCAGACACAAGCCUCGUAGAGAAGGUUGUCGUUCUUGUGGCAUCUGUGACCCUAGUGGUCACUCUGGUGCUAGUGAUUCUCUCCUAUACAUUCAUUAUCAAGACUAUUCUGAAACUCCCCUCUGCUCAGCAAAGGACAAAAGCCUUUUCCACUUGUUCUUCCCACAUGAUUGUCAUCUCCCUCUCUUAUGGAAGCUGCAUGUUUAUGUACAUUAAUCCCUCUGCAAAAGAAGGGGAUACAUUCAACAAGGGAGUAGCUCUACUCAUUACUUCAGUUGCUCCUUUGUUGAACCCCUUUAUUUACACCCUAAGGAACCAACAGGUAAAACAAGCCUUCAAGGAUAUGGUCAAAAAGCUUGUGAAUCUUUAA